CUCUCUGUCUCUCUCUGUCUCUCCUCCAACGAGAGUUCCAGAAGUUUUACCCAUACCUGAGGGCCAAGGAGCACCAUGUUGAAUCCAUAUUCCGGCAUUCUGGAGCUUCUGGGUAUGAUCGUGGGGGUGGGGGCAUGGUUCUGCUCGUUAGCUGCAACAAUCAUGCCCAAUUGGAUGAGCCUCUCCCCUGAACUGCUGGUUUUGGAGAGCUAUGAACAGGGCCUGUGGGAGACCUGUGUGUUUCAGGAUGGGGCAACCUCCGAUUGUCUUCCCUUCGACACCGUGCUGGGUCUGUCGUACAACCUCACAGUGGCACGCAUAUGCAUGUGCAUGUCAGACGCCUUGGCACUCUUGGGCCUCCUGAUCGCUCUCCCAGGUCUGAAACUGGUGGGAAUUUGUGAGAGAUGGCGGGUGAAGCGCGGCAUGAAGAUCACCGCAGGGGUGAUGGGCCUGACAGCUGGCGUCCUUGAACUCGUUGCUGUCUCCACUAUUGCCCAUGAGACUGUUUUGCAGUUCUACGAUCAUACCUUGCCUGAAAGUAUGCCUCGCUGGGAGUUUGGCGACGCAAUGUUCAUUGGCUGGGCUGCAAGUUUUUUUCAUGUUGUUUCUGCAGUGUUGUUCUUCGUCUCAUGUUGUGGUUCAAAAGAGAAUGAAGAAGAAAAAUCAGGUAGUGCAUACUUUGUGUACAAUCCCGAGGAAAAGUUUCAGCCUGUGGAUGGCUCGUCCAGAAAGCGAGUAGAAUAUGUUUAGCAGGAGACAAUAAACAUUCUGAGUGUUUC